AUGGAUCAACGAGCACAUGAGGCUAUUAUUCAUGGUUACUAUCGUGAUGCUACCCCUACUGACACUGACGAUGAUUGGAUCUCCUGUCCUGAAGUGCCGGACACACAAGAGAUGAACCGCNCCCUGAUCAGCGAUGACCCAUGCGUCACGGAGAAUCAAAUCGAUGGCAACUGGUCGUCUGAAGGUGAUCAUCUUGCUGCACAGUACCAGUUCCUGCGCGAGGAAUCGACCUUCGCUCUCCGCCGCGCUAUUGGCAUUGCAUUUGCAACGGGCAUCAUUCUCUGCAAUCGUGGGUUGAGCAUCAGAAUGUGCUUCUCGACGUUCCGCGCUGGUGUCAAGAUCGAUUGGCAAACUUCGAAGCGCCUGAAGGCCGGCUCACUGCUUGCUAUAUCACCCACUUCGGACAAGUUUCGAAAAGACAUCAUCAUCGCUGUUGUUGGUGCCAGACCAAUGGAUUUACUCAACGAGAGUGAGUCUAUCCAGUAUACGAUACAUAAAGCAAUGCUGAUAAUGAGAAGGUNNCCUCCCAAGAUCGACGUCUUCUUCCCACGCCCCGAAGAGACUAUUCUUGAUCCAGCUGAAGAGUACGUUAUUCUUGAGGAAACGACGUCUUUCUUUGAGGCGCAGCGUCACAAUAUGCUUACCCUCCAACGCAUGACUAAGGAAAACACGCCUCUUCAAGAGUAUGUCGUUUCACCCGUCGUUGAAGAGAGUGGUCCACCUAUCAACCUCAUCGACCUUUCGAAUCAAGUCGCAAACCUCUCGCUUCUCAAUGGAAAGGCUGCCAAACACACUGUCGGCGUUCCUAAAUACGUCGAAAAACACCCAUUCAUGGACCUCAGCUCUGCCACGGAUGACGUGUCCGACUAUGAAUACGAUGUUGUCAAUCGUGCCAUGCCUAAGGACGCUGCCAAGCUUGAUGAAUCGCAGAUGGAUGCACUCCAUCAGAUUCUGACUAGAGAGCUUGCUCUGAUUCAAGGUCCUCCUGGUACUGGAAAAACACAUGUGUCGGUUAUGGCGCUUCGUAUCAUGCUGCCCAAGAUGGAAGAACAGAGAAAGAGUGCGAAGCCAGGCGAGGUUGUUCCACCUCUAAUUGUAACCUGUCAAACCAACCAUGCGCUCGAUCAGUUGCUUCGUCACGUCGCCGCAUUCGAGGAUUCGUUCAUCCGUCUUGGUGGUCGCUCGGCUGACACUGGAAUUGUCAAGCAACACACACUUUUCGAAAUCAUGGAGAAACUCAAGGAAAAUAAUCCUCGCGCCAUCAAAGAGCCAGCUGGUCUUCGAUUUGCCAGAAACAACAUGAAAAGGAUGGAGAAUGACUGGAAGCGAGUCCUGGCGCCCUUUGAUUCAAGCAGCCAAGCUUGCAGACCCAUGGACGAAGAUAUGUUCGAGGAUCGCCUCUCGGCUCAACAAAUUGAAUCUCUCAAAAACUCUAGAUGGCAGACAAGCGACGACUCUCCUGGAGUUCCCGCCAUCAUCAAAUGGCUCGGUUCUGACUCAUCCUUGACAGCCAGCACCGACAACUGGCCUGCUGAACAAGAGUUUGGAUUUGAGGCGUUCGAAGAAGAGGAGGAAGAAGUUGAUGAGGCCACCGCCGAGAAGGCCAAACAGGAUGACGAGAUCGAAAAGCUUUGGGGGUCUUUUAUCCCUCUCCUUGAUUGCAGCGUCCUCAAGGCUACAUCCAUUAAGCGCCUCUCAGAGAAAGACGUCAAANAGAUCUUGGCAAGCAGCAAGUUCUCCGACCUCAACAAGGUGCCACAUCAGUACCGACUGGGCCUUUAUGAGUUCUUAGUCAAGGAAGCCAAGCAGAAAGUCAUUAAGGCUGCCCGAGACUUAGCAUGCAGAUGGGCCAAGGAAGUGAGAGACUGGACCCGCGGUCAAUUCGUCAAGAAGCUACAAGUCCUUGCCGAUGCCAAAGUUAUCGGCUGUACCAGCACUGGAUUUGCCAAAUACCGUCCCAUGAUCUACGCACUCAAGUCUCGUGUCGUCAUGGUCGAAGAAGCUGGCGAGUGUCUUGAAGCCAACAUGAUGAGCAUGUUCCUGCCAUCUCUCCAACAUCUUAUUCUCGUUGGAGACCAUCAACAACUUCGUCCCCGUGCUCAGAAGGCUACUCACAACUUCAAACACUACGACAUCUCUCUGUUUGAACGUCUCGCAAGCAACACGGUCGACUACAAGAUGCUAGCUGUGCAGAGACGCAUGCCCCCUGAAGUCCGACGUCUUCUCUGGCCUAUCUACGGUGACAAGAUCAAGGACCACGAAUCUACACUCGAUCGUCCUCCAGUCCCCGGACUUGGAAAUCUCAAAACUUUAUUCUGGCAUCACGAAUAUCACGAGGCUCAUGACAAGUUCAAGUCUGCUUACAACGAGCAGGAGGCCAGACUGAUAUUGGACUUUGUCAAGAGCCUCGUCAGCAAGGGUGUCAAAUCGCACAACAUCACUAUUCUGACCUUUUACAAUGGUCAGCGUCGUCUCCUAACCCGCGAGAUGAAGAGAGUAGAGGGCGCGGUGACUGAGAAGCGUAUCAAAGUUGUUACGGUUGACUCUUACCAAGGCGAGGAGAACGACAUCAUCAUCUUGUCCCUUGUCCGCAACAACUUCCACAGGGAUGUCGGCUUCCUGAAAGUCGCCAAUCGUGUUUGUGUUGCUCUUUCGCGUGCCAGACAGGGAUUUGUCAUGUUUGGAAAUGUCAAGCUGAUGGAGGAAGCUGGUGGUGAGGAGUGGAAGCAAGUCGUCUCUAUCAUGAAGGAUGAAGGUCCUGUAGAGACUUACAUGGCUGGUGGUUCCAGAAUCAAGAACGUCGUCUACGACUAG